UUCCCCCGCCAACGCCAACUGUCUCACUUUAACUACUUCACAUCAGAUCAUAAAUACACUCUACAUCUCCUCAUUUCUCUACUUCACAUUUCUCAAUCCCCCCGUUCCAGUUUUACUGAAUUCGCAUCUGCAAUGGAUGGGCUAGUCAAGAACCUCGUCGAUUUAGCAUUGGGUCAUCCUGAACGUGGUGAUGAUCGAGAUGAAAGGGACUCUCAGCCACGGGACGAACGAUCCAGAUCGACUUGGUCUCAGGUGGUAUCUGGGGGGUCGGAAGACCAUGAUCGGUUCAGUUCCAACUCUGAUUAUGACACUAGACGUCGCCCCGGCGGAGAGCAGGAAGAGAGAUAUGGAAGAAAUGAGUGGGAAUCAGGAGAGUCUCGGCCGACGAUGAGACCCCAGAAGGAUGGAGGCGCAAAUAAUGAUGGUUGGGAGACUGUCCACAAGAAGCCUUCCAAGCAGCAUCAUAAGGUACAUAUGGAUCAGCGGAACAGUUACAAACGCCCUCUUCGUGAGCAAGAGUACUCUAGUGACGUUGAUUAUGGUGUUAACCUAGAACCAACCGAUGAAGAGCUGGCUGAUUUGUCAAAGGCUCUUAACAAACUCUGGGAGCUUGAUUUGAACCGCUUAGUACCUGGCAAAGAUUAUGAGAUUGAUUGUGGUGAAGGGAAGAAGGUUUAUCAGAAGGGGGACAUGGCUGAAGGGAGCCUAUUUUCCUGGUUGAGUGAAGAUAUAUUCAGUAGGCCCACCUUUUCACGAUUCUGUUCUCUUCUAGAUAAUUAUAAUCCACAUGAAGGGUAUAAAGAAGUUGUAACAGCUGAAGAGAGACAAGAGCAAGAAGCAUUUAUAGAAGAGAUCAGUAGAACUGCUCCAAUUAAAUACCUUUACAAGUAUCUAUUGACCAAGGGCAUUGCACCUGAGAGUUAUCAAGAUUUCAAGAGAAUGAUGACAAGUCUCUGGUUUGAUCUUUAUGGCCGAGGUGGUACAUCCAGCUCUUCUUCUGCUUUUGAACAUGUUUUUGUUGGAGAGAUCAAACAACGGAGAGAGCAAGAAGUGUCAGGAUUUCAUAACUGGAUUCAGUUCUAUCUAGAAGAGGCAAAGGGGAGGGUGGACUAUCAAGGCUAUGUUUUUCCUCGAAGGCGUGGUGAUAUGCCCGAUUCAGAGACACAGUUACUUACUAUUCAGUUUGAAUGGAAUGGUGUUCUGAAAUCUGUCUCAAGCACAUUGAUUGGAGUGAGCCCUGAGUUUGAAAUUGCAAUUUAUACUCUCUGCUUCUACUUGGGAGGGGAAGACAACCAUGUUGAGCUUGGUCCCUACCUUGUAAAUAUCAAGUGCUAUCGUCUCGGCAACAAAAUUGGAUCUGCUUUUCCAGUGGCAGACUAACUUUAAAUGCAAAUAUUGUCAUCUACAAUCUCCAGAUACUGAUAUCGAAGUAUGAGCCCAGAUAUAUGAAAACCUCAAAGCAUCAGAUGGUAUGCAUGUUGUUUAUCCUGUUGGAAGAUUGUUGAGUUCAUGUAUUAUGAGAUCUUCUGAUAGUUCCAAAUGGUUCGGGCGAAUAAGUAUGGAGAAUAACUAAAUACAUGACAUUUAUUAAAGUUGUUUUAUGACUAUCAGGUACUAAUAUGAUCCAUGCGGAGUUGUGUGUUAUUGAAUCAUAUGUGGUGAUAUUUACUCUAUUGAACCUUUUCACAUGUU